GUGUCCAAGUAUUUUCCUAGCAUGUGAACUUUGGCUAAAAGAGUCAUCUUUCUUGGCUCUUCUGCAUAUUAUUGGCUUAAAGAUUCUCAUAAGUUAGGUUUUAAGUAGUGGGUCUUCCUCAAACUUGAGAAAAACUCAAAUCUUUUUGUAGUUUUGAUGUGAAUUUUUUAGAGGGUAAAAAUGUCAUCAUUGAGUGGUCUAGAGAUUGGUUUGUGUUUCCUCUUUGGAUGUAUCCUGAUGCUUCUUUCUGCAGAGCUGUAUUAUCUUCUAUGUUGGAAGAAGAGGGUCUCCCAAGAUACAGAAGACAUUGAAAACCAACAUUUAUCCUCUUCCGAUUAUACCCCUCCUAAUCUCUCCUCAUACACUUGUUGUUGGAAAACCUCAAAAUCCCCCCAAACCCAAGAAAAAGAUUUGCAAACAUAUACCAAACAACAAGAUUCCGACAUGGGUUUGGGUAAAGAUUCGGUGUUAAAGGGAUUGGGAGAUGAAAGUUUGGAUCUUGAACUCAUGAGACUACAUAACCUAGGUGGGCCACCUAGGUUUCUUUUCACAAUCAAUGAAGAAACCAAAGAAGACUUGGAAUCCGAGAGGAGCAAAAUGGGGUCAAGAACGAGAAGCUUGGGUGAGAUUCUUGAUACUUUAGACACACCAUUUUUGUCUCCUGUUGCUUCACCACCAUUGAAGCUCCCACAACAACUCAGUUUGGAAGCUUAUAAUCACCAUGGAUUAAACCCUCUGUUUGAAUCCAAUGAAGUUGCUAUGAACAAGGCGAAAUCCUCACCGCCACCCACAUUCAAGUUCUUGAGAGACGCAGAGGAGAAGCUCUUGAAAAGAUUGAUGCAAAUGGAGGGUGACAAAAGAGCAAGUUUUAAGAAAUUGGAUCAAGAUUCUUCAAGAAAAACAGAGGAGAAAGAUGGUUCUUUUGUAAAAUUGGUUGUUAGUAAGGGCAAUAGUGAAGGAGGGCAUCGUAAAGUUUCAACACAUUCAAAGGUUCUUCCAUUGGCUUGAUCUACAUCAACUUUUACCAAUUCCUGAAAUGGGUGCCUCUAAUUUGGUCAAGUGGUCGGGGAAAAAGACCCUCAAAGCCCACCGCAUCGCCGGCUGCCUCACCUACAUAGCCUUCGCCACGUUAUCCGUCGUCAUUGUCUUCUGUCACAUCUUUCUGAAUGGGUCUUGAUUUGAGUCGAGUAUAUUGCUUCAUAGCUCAAGUUCUUGGCAUACACAUGUAUUUAUCUGUUUCUUAUACAUAUUUUCGAUCGACUAAUGCUAUGUUUGAGUUGUUUUUGAAUGUGCGAUCAUAUCAACCUUGUGGGUUUGAUUAUAGGUUUUAAGGUUUAUAGGAGGGAUGGAUAGAGAAUAUGAAGAUGGUGAUUGUGCUCUAAGCACGAGUGUAUCGAAACACAUUAUCUGGUCAAAGAACAUUUCCAGAAUCA